ACACACACAUGUUGCUUCCACGCGACCACGGAUCAAGAAUUCCGCGAGUCAACUCGCUGACUCUCAACCAGUCUAGCAGCAACAGUGAUCGCGUGUGCACAUUCACUUAAGGAGUUAAUUUUAAAUAUUUUAUCAUUUUUAAAUAAAUUUUUUAAUAAAAACGCACAGAACGCUCAUUGGUUUAAAUUGAGCGCCGAGCGAUUCUAAAGUGAUUUUUAUUUUAUUCGUGACUGAUUGACGAAAAUGGCGAGGCCGAAGAGAUGGAAAAGUUGCAUGUCGGAAAAUUUGCUGACAAUGCUGACAGUUUUGGGUGUAUUAUCAGGAGUCGCACUUGGAUUUAUAUUACGAGCUUCAAAAACAACAGCAUGGUCGAAGCGUGAUAUCAUGUACGUUAACUUCGUUGGUGAUCUUUUCUUGAGGAUGCUCAAGGCACUUAUAUUGCCUCUUAUCGUCGGAAGUAUCAUUACCGCUAUUGGAAGUCUCGACCUCAGUUUAUCUGGAAGGAUUGGUAUGAGAUCGAUCUACUAUUAUGCGACGACCACUGUCACUGCUGUAAUAUUGGGAAUUAUCCUUGUACUAUCAAUUCGUCCUGGAGUUGUCAGUACAGAAGGUGGAGUAUUUGUCGCCGAUCCUGGUGAUUACAAACCACCGAGAAAUAUUACAACGACUGAUACUCUUCUAGAUUUAGUUAGAAAUAUUUUCCCGUCGAAUUUGGUCCAAGCAUGUCUAAAACACUACCAGACCAAGCUGGUAAUGCCCAAAAAUAUGACUGGAGUUAAUAGUAUGUACGACUGGAAUAUUGACCAUGAGUACCAUGAUGGUACCAACACACUUGGUCUUGUCAUAUUUGGCAUUAUUUUGGGUAUCACCAUCGGGAAAAUGGGGGACGCUGGUAAGCCGCUUUUAGACUUCUUCACCUCGCUCUCUGACGCAAUGAUGAUAAUAACCAAUUGGGUAAUAUGGCUUUCUCCUCUUGGUGUGACAUUUUUGGUGGCCUCCAAGCUUCUGGAAAUCAACGACUUCGGCGUAGUGGUGGGUACUCUGGGGUGGUACUUCAUGACAGUCCUGCUGGGGCUGUUCAUCCAUGGCUUCGGCACUCUGUCAGUGAUCUACUUCGUAUGCACCCGCGAGUUGCCAUUCAAAUCCAUAAGUCAAAUGGGUCAAGUAGCUGUUACGGCUUUCGGAACAGCAUCGAGUUCCGCAACUCUUCCUAUUACGCUUCAAUGUCUGGAUAAGAUGGGUCUGGAUCCGAGAAUUACCAGGUUCGUCGUCCCCAUCGGAGCCACUAUUAACAUGGAUGGUACUGCGUUGUAUGAAGCCGUCGCAGCUAUAUUCAUCGCACAACUCCGGGGGAUUGAAAUGUCUUUGAGUAAAGUCAUAGGUGUUAGUGUCACUGCAACAGCAGCAAGUAUAGGGGCUGCUGGUAUCCCUCAAGCUGGAUUGGUGACAAUGGUAAUGGUGCUUGAUACCGUCGGUCUACCUCCAGAAGACGUCUCGCUGAUUAUUGCCGUCGAUUGGCUUUUGGACCGAUUCAGGACAACGAUAAACGUGGUCUGUGAUGCACUAGGUGCGUGUAUUAUUGAAAAGAUGAGCCGAGGUGAACUGGACGCCAUCAAUGCUAGACAGCAAGAAGAAGCGGUCGAGCUUACACAGCUUAGCAAAACCGAGGCUUGAAUUUUUUUAUUGAAAAAUAUAUUUUAAUAUUCUUGUCCGUAAGGAUAUUCCUGCAAGAUACUUACCGCAGUGUCUUCUUGUUAAUUUUAUUAUAACAUAAAAUUAAUGAGUUUAAAUACUAAAUACUCAUUCAUCUUGCCAUAAUUUUUACACAAUUAAUUCUCGAGUUUAUCAUAAAUCUUCUGGAAUUUAAAGAUCUUGAUAUGGAAUUUUAUUUGUUUAAUUAAUAAGAAAUAUAAAAUGAGUACAUAAAGUACUUAAUAUUAAUGUAUGUCUUUAAAUCUUCAACUGCCAUUAAUAUUCAUAUUAUCAAGCUCGUAGAAAUUAAUUUUUAAUCAUUUAGUCGUUUUAACAAUCAAAUUUAUAAAAUCGGGCUAUUAUAUUAAUUAAUAUUUAAUAUAAAAAAAAUAUAUAAGAGCCCAAAGUCUGUUGAAUUAAUUAAUAACCACCAAAGAACGUCAUGGGAUGAAAUAAAUUUUUAAAACAAUUGUACAUACGAUACAAUAUUGCGUACCUAGCGAUUAGGUAACUGAUGUCAGGUGAUUGACUAUCAGCAAAAUUUGUAAACUUAAUUAAUUCUUAAUUCAGCUGAUAAAAAGUAUUCCAUUGGCGAUUUUUGAUUUAAAGAUAAUAUAUUGUAUAUUUAAUUUUUAAUCAGUGCUUACUUUUUUUUAUAAUUUACUAAUUACUUACUUUUAAAUUAAUAUAUCAUGAAGCUGAUUGAAGGUGCUAAUAUUUUUAUUUCGUACUGUUUUAAUUGUAUGAUAUACAUACUAUAAUAAAUAUUGUUUUUUAUGUGUUAAUAA